GGCGCCUCGGCGGAUGAAGCUGCCAGUUGUGCUCUUGAGUGAGAUGAGGGUCUGACAGAGGGCAUAGGGUGGAUGCUAAAGAGGAUGCGCCGGCCGACGGAGCAUCCCCAUUUCACUAAACUCGAAACCGGGUUUUGGAGGAAAAAUAACUUAAGAAUUAAGAAAAUAACCCGUUUGUUAUUUUCUAGCAUUUAAAGCACAUCAGCAGAAGCCCGUAUUUUCCCGGGCACCGUCGACGGUGAGGCUGAGCUGCUGUUAUCUUGGAGGAGGAGGAGGACGGGACGUGAUGAUAAAACCUGGAGUGUACAUCAAGUGUUUUUAUGCAUUAGAGGCGGAGAUGAGGCGGCGUCUGGUAAAUAGAUGUUCAUCAUGUCCGAGCGGCUUUAAAUGCAUCAUCUGCGGCGGCAAAACUCUCUAAAAUCAAUCCGUGGAUGAACUGUAGUUUUAUUUUUGAUACACUGAGAAUCAAUUGGCCAAAUGUGGAGUUUACAAAUCAAUUUAUUUUGUUAAAAAUGACAAAAUAAAUUAAUAUUAAUUUUUAUUAUUUAACAUUUUUGUCAAAUUUGACUAAAGGUACGUUUAUUUUUGAUUAUGCUAACAUCGAAUAGUUACCGCUAGCUUAAUUUAUGGACUACUUUCCCGGUUAGAAAACAUUCCCCUCGGAUUUUGUUCUCCCCCACUUUGGAUUUAAAAGCUCGAUUUAAACAUCUGGAUCUUAAUUGUGCCGUAAGUCAGCCUCCCUCUGCUGUCAGUCUAGUCCCGAGUUCAGCCCGAUAAUCCCGCAUAACUGAUGAGUUGGGGUUUAUUUGGCUAACGGUUGUAGCAUCGCGCGCGCACCGCUGUUUUUCUGUCAUCAUCAUGCCUGCACCGACUCGUUUUGUUCCGACGGAGCCGGCCCAAACCAUGCACCCGAGGGCAUAGCCGCACACCGAGCCAUGUCGGACUGAGCCCGCGGAGUGGCUCCGCCGGUCGGGACCUCAGAGCAGCUUUAUUUAGAGGGAGAGCGGAUCAAGCGGCAGCGGCUAGCCUCCUGCCUGCUCACAGCGACGGGACCGUCUUUCGACUCUUCUCCUCGGCACCGGAGUCCGUCAAAAUGGGGGAGCAGCCCAUCUUCAGCACCAGGGCCCACGUCUUCCAGAUCGAUCCAAACACCAAGAAGAACUGGGUUCCCACGAGCAAGCACGCCGUCACCGUCUCCUACUUCUUCGAUAGCACCAGGAAUGUAUAUCGGAUCAUCAGUCUGGACGGGUCCAAGGCCAUCAUCAACAGCACCAUCACCCCCAACAUGACCUUCACAAAGACGUCGCAGAAGUUCGGGCAGUGGGCCGACAGCCGGGCCAACACCGUGUACGGCCUGGGCUUCUCCUGUGAAAGCCACCUGGUCAAGUUUGCAGACAAAUUUGCGGAGUUUAAGGAAGCAGCACGGUUAGCCAAGGAGAAGUCUCAGGAGAAGACGGAGCUCACCAGCACUCCCUCUCAGGAGUCGGCACCGGCCGACCUGCAGUCACCUCUGACCUCCGAGAGCGUCAACGGUACCGAUGAUGAGAGACUCGCCGCAGACGCCAACCAGCAUGCCGACACACGGGCAGAACCUUCCCAGAAUGCACUGCCCUUCUCUCACAGUUCAUCCAGCAUCAACAAGCACUGGGAGGCGGAGCUCGCAGCGCUGAAGGGCAACAACGCCAAGCUGACGGCGGCUCUGCUGGAGUCCACGGCCAACGUCAAGCAGUGGAAGCAGCAGCUGGCGGCCUAUCAGGAGGAGGCGGAGCGACUACACAAACGGGUGACCGAGCUGGAGUGCGUGAGCGGCCAAACCACGGUGAUCAAAACCCAGAAAACAGAGCUGAACAGAACGAUAGAGGAGCUGGAGGCGGCUCUGAGGGCCAAAGAGGAGGAGCUGGAGAGACUGAAAGCCGAGGUGGAGAGUGCCAACGAGUUCCGCUUUCAGAAAGACUCGCUCCUGCAGAGGCUGGAGGACACGGAGGCGAGGAACCAAACUCUGGAGGCGCAGCUGAACGACCUGGAGCAGCGGCUGGAGAGCAUCCAGCUGGAGAGGGAAACCUACCGGAAGAACCUGCGCUCGCUGCUGGAGCUGCUGGACGGCAAGAUCUUCGAGCUGACGGAGCUGCGCGACACGCUGGUCAAGCUGAUCGAAGCCAGCUAGAAAGACUCCGCCCCCUCCCUGCGGCGCAGCGCCCCCACCGUUCUGCACGUCGGUACCUGCAUCACGCCACGACUUGAAUUUUUUCCUUUCUCACGUGUCAGAGUUUACAUGCAUCUGCGGUACACACGGAUCGUUUACAAGCAGCCAAGGGAAGCCUUCCCCCCUUCACCCACUCUGGACCCCGUUCUCAUCGCUUUUUGGUUGUCACGGAAACGGCGGAUGAAGGAGCCACACUCUGGGGGGGGGGGCGACGAUAAUCCAGCGACUGCCACAUGUUCUACAUUCAGUAGAUGAGCAAUACGAUAACAGCAUCACUUUGAAACACUUUCACCUUCAGGUGCAAAUGACUCCGCCCUCUCAAAAAAGAGGAGGAGUUUAAUUCAGCCGCUUUUCUUUCUUUACGUUUAUUUAAACUUUUUGUACUCCACGUGUGUUUGUGGACGAUUUUUCUUUUCCUUUUUGUCACGACUUGAUUUUCAACGACAGAAUCCUUUUUUAAAAAAUAAUAAUUUAUUUCUCAAAUUACAGACGACGGUUAAAGUUGGGAAAAAAAUCAAACUGAGUUUAUUUAUAUCUGCUUCUUUUUCCGACCGUCACCUGGAAAAACAGGCGAUAUCUUUGGUUCGAAAAGGCUGCGGAGAAUCUUUUUUCUUUUUGCCAAAUCGUCUUUUCCUGUACAGAUCUCAACUCGUUGCCUUUGGCACAGAGAUGCAUCUACGGUAGCUAACUAGCGGUACGUUCUUUUGUGGGAGUAACUGUUGCCAAAAAUGAACUGACAUGCUACAGCGUGGACGCCUGGAGAACACUGCUUAAGGGCUUGAUGGUGGUCGGGACUUUUUUCUGCUAAAAGGGAUUCGGUUCAGAUGUUUCAAUCACAUGCUUCAAAACACAAAAUGUACGUUUGAUUUAUAGUAAAACAAAUCGUAUCACAGAA